CGGGUGGUGGUUUGAGAACGGCAUGGCGUUAAACCACACUGCUCUGCCCCAGGACGAGCUCCGGCCACACUAUCUUCGAGAUGGGGAUCCGUUUGCUUCCAAACUCUCCUGGGAAGCGGAUUUAGUGGCUGGCUUUUACCUAACAAUAAUUGGGAUUCUGUCCACAUUUGGAAAUGGCUAUGUCCUUUAUAUGUCUUCUAGACGAAAGAAGAAGCUGAGACCUGCUGAAAUAAUGACUGUCAAUUUAGCAGUCUGUGAUCUGGGGAUUUCAGUUGUAGGUAAGCCGUUCACCAUCAUCUCUUGUUUCUGUCACCGCUGGGUGUUUGGCUGGAUUGGCUGCCGCUGGUACGGAUGGGCUGGGUUUUUCUUUGGCUGUGGAAGCCUUAUCACCAUGACGGCUGUCAGCCUGGAUCGAUACCUGAAAAUCUGCUAUUUAUCUUAUGGGGUUUGGCUGAAGAGGAAGCACGCCUACAUCUGCCUGGCCGUCAUCUGGGCCUAUGCCUCCUUCUGGACCACCAUGCCCUUGGUAGGUCUGGGGGACUACGUUCCUGAGCCCUUCGGAACCUCGUGCACCCUGGACUGGUGGCUCGCCCAGGCCUCGCUGGGGGGCCAGGUUUUCAUCCUGAACAUCCUCUUCUUCUGCCUCUUGCUCCCGACGGCUGUGAUCGUGUUCUCCUACGUAAAGAUCAUUGCCAAGGUUAAGUCCUCUUCCAAAGAAGUAGCUCAUUUUGACAGUCGGAUCCAUGGCAGCCAUGUGCUGGAAAUGAAACUGACCAAGGUGGCGAUGUUGAUCUGUGCGGGCUUCCUUAUUGCCUGGAUUCCUUACGCAGUGGUCUCUGUGUGGUCAGCUUUUGGAAGGCCCGACUCCAUCCCCAUCCAGCUAUCUGUGGUGCCAACCCUACUUGCAAAAUCAGCAGCGAUGUACAAUCCAAUCAUCUACCAGGUCAUUGAUUACAAAUUUGCCUGUUGCCAAACUGGUGGUUUGAAAACAACCAAGAAGAAGUCUUUGGAAGACUUCAGGCUGCACACUGUGACCGCGGUCAGGAAAUCGUCUGCUGUGCUGGAAAUCCAUCAAGAGUGGGAAUAGCAAACGUGCUGGUUGUGAACAGCACCUGUAAAGUGCUUACAGAGUGUCUGGCACAUGCGGAGAAGUUAGCUUACAAGUGUUAGUUCCCUUAUUUCCCAUUCCCACCCCAUCUACUGAGGCAGGAGAAAAUAAUUCACCAGGAAUAUUAAAACAGCGAUGCACCCUGGGAACACCCAAAUAUCUUAAGCUGAAUUCUCUCACUCUAGUAUACUGGUAAUUAUCAAUUGAAGAGUGCUAGACACCCAGGCUUUCAACAUCCUGCAAUGCACAGCUCAGUCUAAUGAGUAAGGUCCUCACUUCCUACUGAACUGGGGCUUGGGAAAGCUGGCCAGCAAAGGAGGACCAAAGGCCAUCAGACUGUGCCUCUGUCCAGGGCAGCUACACUCCACUUCUGUUAUUUGACUUGUUCUAUUGCAGACGAGGUACAGGGCAGAGGUGAGUUGCAAUGGUGAA